AUUUGUGGAUGCUACUAUCAUUAUUGCUAGGUAUGCAACUAAUCUUAAACACUACAAUUUUCUUUUAACCUUUUACAAUUUUAAAUCCUAGACUCUUCAUAGACGGGUGACUAACGUAUGCCUGUUGGGACGGGAGUACCAUAGUGUUCCACUGGUAAAAAAAAUUGUCAAGCUGUUGGGUUCCCUGCCAUAUCUACAUCCAACUACGUUGAAUCAAGGCUUUGGAGAUAAUUACAUUGACUACGUGACAACAAUUUUAAUUAAAAUGGCACUAAGAUAAUUGUGGAUUAGUAGCCAUGCGGUUGUUUGCCAAAAUGUAGGCUGAUUGAUAUUUUCUUCUAUUACAGAUUAUUGGCGCAUAUUUUGAGGGACAAAAAGGCUUAGUGAGUCCACGUAUUCAAGAACAGCUUAGAUUAUUGUUAAUCUAUUAUCGAACAACCUGGAUUGAAAUUUAUGGCCCCAACGUGUUUUGCAUUGAAAGGAAAAGACAUAUCUACGAAUAAAAAUAUGGAGUCCAUCAAUCGAAAGGAAUGACUAGAAUCACGAUUUUGGAAAAUGAACAACGCACUAAUUCAAUUUCAAUUGAAUUCUUUUUGGAUUCUGUAUCGAAAUUUUAUCUAGCUACUGUCACUGUUUAUCGCAAGCCUGCCAGCCCACGCGUAUCCUCUUUCUAGAGGAACUCGAAGGGUGGCUGAUGAAGGGAUGGCUAAUCCAAGGCUUCCUGUUCGUCCGAUGUCGGCUUUCUUCCCUGCUUUUCUAGUCAAUCCAGAUCAUCAAGUCAAUCCUGCGCAUGAACUCGAGCCUGCUCAUCAAGCCAAUCCAGGCCAUCCAGUCGAUCCUGCGCGUGCAAUUGAGCCUGCUCAUCUUAUCAUUCCAGGUCAUCCAGUCGAUCCUGUGCAUGCAUUUGCACCUGCUCGUCCAGUCGAUGUAGGUUAUCCAGUCAAGUUUGUGCAUACACUCGAGCCUGCUCAACCUGUCAAUCCAGGUCAUCCAGUCGAGCCUGCUCAUCCAGUCAAUCCAGGUUAUCCAGUUGAGCCUGCUCAUCCAAUAGAGCCUGCUUAUCCAGUCAAUCCUGCUCAUGCGAUCGGGCCUGCCCAUCAACUCAAUUUUGAAUAUCAAGUCGAGCGUGCUCAUCAAAUUAUUCACCAGCAGCACAUCCUCAUGUGGAUGCUCGCCAACAAGUUGCCCGAAGAUGCAGGGAGGCAUUGUUAGCUCGAUGAAUUCCAGCUGGCCUGGUUGGAGCAGCUCAACUUGAUGGGCAAGACGGGAUUCUUGCACGUGAUGAGCUUGUGCAUGCUGUACCUCAACUGAACGUAGAAAGGCAGAAUAUCGUACGAGACGUGAAUGCUGGACUUGACGGACGAGCUGAUGCCGGGAAAGAUACGCAACGUGCUGGAAAGGGCAUCAUAGUGGAAAAAAACAAAAACAAUGUUUAUCACAUCCGUUCAAAAGAAUGAUUAGUACGUGUACCCAAUUUUAUUUCAUCCGCCCAGACAUUUUAAGAGAGAAGUAAGCAUACGUUUCUUUACGAAAAAAUCCCGAUCCGAUUUCUUCAUUUUAGCUUAAAGCAACCCAAAGCCAUUCUCAUUGUUUAGAACAGCGUCAACCCACCCUUCCUCCAUGUCUUAGUAUUUCUCAACAAUGGAAGAGUGAGUUGAGCACAUCCCGUACAUGUAUAUGUGAUCGGACGGAAUCGGUUUGUAGAAUCGUUUAGUUUAUAAUUCAGAUCGUACUUAAAACCUUCAAAAGCAACUGGGAUCGUUUUUAAUCCAGUAUAAAAUAAAAAAACGUCAGUUAAAGUCAUUUUCCUCGUAGGUAAACUAACUUUGCCCUUCUCGACGUUGUUCAAGAGUUGAAUAAAGAAAGUAAAUGAGA